AACUAGAGCGCAGCAACAUGGCCUGCUUGCGUAUCCAAACGCUCAUGGCGUUGCCUCUGAUGUGCCUCUGUUGGGAAACGAGCGCCACUUGCAGACCUUUCUGCAUCGGGGGCGACUGCUUGGUCGUCAGCCGAGACCGGGUGGAUUUCACAACAGCCGAGCGGAGAUGCCGAGCCGGGAAAGGAGAGCUAAUGGCGUUUCAAUCAGCGGGGGAUGAGAGAUUACUCCAUGUUGUGAGGCGGGAACUGGGCGGAAGCUUCUGGAUUGGACUGUACUUACCGACCGAGGCCUGCAGCAGCCUCUCCGCUCCCAUGAGAGGCUACGAGUGGACCUCUGGUGGCCGACUCAGCCACUUCCUCCCAUCUGUCAUCACCUGGAAAGACGCGGUCAGGGUCUGUUCGCCACGCUGCGUGUCGCUUUCCGACGACCAGAAGUUGACGGAAAGGCCGUGCUCGGAGAGAAUCGACGGCUUCCUGUGCAGAAGCCACCACAGAGACGCAUGCCAGGCGCGAGAAUUGUCCCAUGGGGAUUUCUUCCGGAGCUCCAAGGGCUGCUCGGACGGCCCGUGUGAGCAAAACUGCACCGACGUCAACGGCGGCUUCAAAUGCUCCUGCUUCGGAGGGUUUGCGCCCGACCGCACGGACCCCAGGAGGUGUAAGAUCCACUGCGCCCGGGAGAGAUGCCCCGCCUUCUGCGAGAGAAACUCCAACGAUGCUUGCUUCUGCCCCGACGGCUUCAUCUUAAACGGCAAAAUCUGCGAGGACAUCGACGAAUGUAAGAUGGGCGAAUGUGAACAAGGGUGUAAAAACACAUUUGGAGGUUUUUACUGCUCCUGUAAAGACGGCUACGUGCUCAAAGACCAGGUGAACUGCGUCGAAGUAACGGAGAGGCGUUUUGUCCUCACCACUCCGUCCGUCAAAGGCUACGCUAAACCCGACAACCACACCAAUGGUUCCUCCGCGUCCACAGGCACUUUUAUCUGGCUGUGGAUCUUUGCGGCUUUGUGCGUGGUGGUGUUUGUAUGUGUGGUGAGGCUUUGUGUUAUCAAGCACCACAAGCGCAGAGAGCAAACUUCCAACCAAAUGUCAGGUAUGGCAGUGGGAAGUUCUUAGUGUUGAAAAUACCAACACCGCUUCCAGCUUGUGCCUUGCCUCACUCAAUGGUUGGAUUUGAUGUUAUUAUUAACAAGCAAUCCAGCAUUAUAUGCAUUUCUAGUGGACGGAAGUUUUCACCGUAACUCAAUUAAAUACCAGGAUUGUAACCUUUGGAAACUUCCAGUAAUUGCACCCGAGCUAGCUGCUACAAGGUAACUACAUACAAGUCAACAUUCAUGCCGGCUUAGCUUAUUAGCCAGAGGAAAUCGAAAUAAUCAAACAUCUGUAGAUGACUAGUUGAUAUUUUUUUAAGAUGUGUAGCGAAGCCAAAGUGAGGUCGCACUGUGAAGUUCCACUCCGGUCCUGUAGGGGGCGACAGUGCACUUGAACUGCCAAACAAGCUUUGUUCUUCUCCAACAGUAUUAGAGAUAAAAUGGACAUAUUUAGUAAGUUAUAUCCUGAAUAUAAUUGUUGAUAAAGAUGACAGUAUAUAAAUAACAUGGAGGUCAAUAUUGCAUAUGUGUAUGUAUGUAUGUAUGUACACUACCGUUCAAAAGUUUGGGGUCACAUGUAAAUGUCCUUAUUUUUGAAGGAAAAGCACUGUACUUUUCAAUGAAGAUAACUUUAAACU